GAAAAAAUAUUUUAUUAAAAAUAUUAUAUCACUUAACUUUGAGGUCAGUGAACUUUAUAUGUUAUAGGUUUCCUGAAAACUUUAAAUUUGCCUGACCUGGACUCGAACCUACUUUCUCACGACCUUUAUUUCACCUACUUGGGGUUGUCCUUUAAAACUUUAUGACAUAGCUAAUUAAAGAGGUCUGAGUUUGUCUUAACAAUGUAACCUCCUUGCUACGAAAAGUUUGCAUACUGUAGCAGCUGGCCACUUAUAAAUUCUUUUUACGCAAAUUUCAAAAUUUAAUCACAAUGACAAGUGACAGUGCCCGUCGUUGUCAAUUGUCACCAAAAGCGCAUCGAUUUUCGAAACAAAACAUAAAUAAAACGCAUUCAUUCCCAACACAGCGGUCUUUGGCUAAUCAUCGUCUACUAAUUUUGUUUAAUUCAUCAGCUUUUUUCACAAGUUACUUCUGUGAUGUCAAUUGUAAAUAUCAUAAUUAAUUGGCAGCUAAUGUCAAAAGCGUGAAGUUUGGUGGCGGGAAUUGCACUUUGUUGAUUAUUUGGUAAAUUCGCCACGCUGCCUAGAUCCGUGAUCAAAGUUAUGAAGAUCAAACUGCCGCGAGACCGUUUCCCGUCGACAUCAUCGACGGAGGACAAUGAGAGCGGCACGGACUGGGACGCCGAGGGUCGCCACCCCGCCAUGACACAUCCCCGACACCCGCCGCCGCCUCAGAGGAUAGAGAGCACAGGCUGGGAUGUAGACGGACGUCAUCCUGCAAUGACUCACCCACGACACCCGCCGCCACCACAAGCAGUCAUAGUCGGCUCCGUGCGGAAACGUCGUGGUAACCUGCCGAAGCAUUCUGUGAAGAUUUUGAAACGAUGGCUUUACGACCAUCGUUACAACGCGUACCCCAGCGACGCCGAGAAGCUGGCACUCAGCCAGGAGGCCAACCUUACUGUGUUGCAGGUUUGCAACUGGUUCAUAAACGCUCGCCGACGCAUCCUCCCUGAGAUGAUCAGGCGCGAGGGUCACGACCCUCUCCACUACACCAUAUCCCGGCGCGGUAGGAAGCAGCCGGGCGCUAUGGCUGGAGUGGGCCCAAUGGUGGGCUUGGCUGGGGCGUCUACCUCAGGGCUAGGUGUGAACCCAGGAGACAGUGUCACUGUGGCAGCGUGGGACGGAAUUGUUGUAGAGUACCCACAGAACGGGCCGGACGGCCGAGCUCACGACUACGGCGACGGACUCCUCGUGUACCGCAGCGACGGGGACGAGCUCGGCGACGGCGAGGAGGGCUACUCCAGCACCAUCAGCGAGGAGGAGGUCAAGUACGACCCCUCCGUCUGGCAGUCCGUCAUCCGCUACGGACCCGAGGACCAUGACCUGCACCCCGCGGCCAGAGACAUACCAUCGGUUCUAACAGGCACAGCGGCGGUAGAUGAACACAACGAGCAGAUGGAUAGUAGUUCAGAUUCAGAGCAGUACUGUUUGAAAGCAGCGAGAGCCAUAGUCAGAGCGCUGCACGGCGUCGGUGGUGACGGUAACGACGACGGAGGAGAUGGUGGAGCAGGUCCCGGAGCCGGUGUCGAGCAGCGAGGACGGGUGGCAGGCGCUGGCGCACCCGCAGCUGGCGCACCUGCCGCAGCUGCCGCACCCGCUGCGCGCGCGCCGCAUGCAGGUGAGCCCGCCGCCGCAGCCGCCGCCGCCCGUCGCCGUCGAGCUCGAGGUCGCCACCACCGACAUGUGGUGCCACACCUAGUGCCACCACCACCACCACCACCACCAGCACCAUGACACACAAUCACAUCUAACCUAAUCUUACUUUAUCUCAUGUUUAUAGUUCCGUUUACUCUUGCAAUUUUGCAAAAGGAAAGAAGAUUAAUUUUUCAAAAAUUUCAUUUUGAAUAUCUUUCUUUUGUUUAAAAAUAAAAUAUGUUUAGAUUUUUUAGUGUAUGAUUUGGCUGCGCGGCUGUUGUAGCCCCAAUUUGGAUUUGAAUAAGUUUUUGUACAUAUCUAACUGUAGGCGACGUCGGUGUUAAAACACUAUAGUUCCCUUUGAAAUCAAGUUUUCUUUUUAUAUCGUUAAGAGAACUAAUGUUAGUGUUUUUGUUUUGUUUUUAGCUAGAGACGAGUUUAUGUUUGUUGUGUAAAUAAAUUUGAUACCAAAUAAAUCGGAUUUUUAUUCAAGUAGGUGGAAAUGUAGCCAUUUUUGGCGUGGGGUGUUUUAAUGCCGGCAUCACCUGACAGUUAUUGCGCAUAACAGAUUAAGUUAUCCAAAUUAUCUUUGUAACCAUGUCCAAAUUUUAGAGUACUUAACAGGCUUUACAUAUUAAGGCUUUGGUGUUUGAAAAGUUAAAUUCUGAUGCAGAAUAAUGUUGUCGUAUCGGAAAUUGAUUUGGGGCCAUAACGUGCAGGUGGUGCCGAGCAGGGCUGACGGUGAUCAGGACAAGUUCAAGUGUCUCUACCUCCUGGUGGAGACUGCGG